AUGUCAAAGUCAGGCGAGAUACCCGAGCGGCUCAACUUGACGUUUGGCGUCGAGUUUGAGCAUCUUUUCGGCAUCAAGCAGAACAAAGUCGCAACCAGACCGGACUAUGCCUGGCUUCGUCCGGAGAACUGCCCUGUGAAACCAGGCGACGUGGGCGCUCCACUUUCCCAGUGGUACCCAGAAAGCUACGACCCGAAUGACAAGCAGCACCGCACAGAGCUUGACCGUGCAGGACUACGACAGGCUGCAAAGAUUAUCCGCACAAACGCAGGACAGCACGCGCCUGUGCUUGAAGUAAGGCUCUACUCGGAUCCCAAAGAUGUGCCUGAUCAAUAUCUAAACUGGAAGCUAACGCUUGAGGACGCAGUGCCGGUACCUACCAGCGCGGACCAGCUGAUGGAACGCUCCAGAUCCCAAUCGGAGAUCAGGCUCUCCAACUUCAAUGACUGGCAAUUGACUGGGUUGGAGCUCAUCUCACGCCCCCUGAAAGUGCCUGAACUUGACGACGCAAAUGACCUGCAUUCGAACGGCCUCGCAGAGCUCCAGGACCAGCUAAAUGCGAUUCCGAGGCAGUAUGAUCCAGAGGCAGCAGAUCUUUCCACGGAGUUUCUCCAACAUCUAGCGUUCAUAUGCAUGGUCUUUGAAGACGCCAUCACGCUGCUCCAUCAUCCCGAAAGGCAAGGCUACCAGGGCACGAAAGCUUUCAAAUACGCCAAAAGCAAUCGCACGGCGAUCAAUGCGAGCGAGCACUCUUGCGCAUUGGCCCCGCAGUUCUCAUGCGAAGAGGCCUUCGUGAAGAUCUUCGAAGUGGACGCCGAUGAGCGUGACCUGUUGCACAAACUACUAAACAAAACACCCCGCCAACCGGGUGGGAAAAGGGAACGGUUCGUCAACUUCACCAACGCCCUAGGCGAAAACCGAGGUGAGUGA